CUUUUUAUAGUUUAUCACAGCCUGACCUUGCUGAUUUCGUCUGACAGCUUCGAGCGCCACCACGCCAGCACAGACACGGAAACCUGACCAGGAUAAUGGCGGGAGUGACCAUCACGCACUGGCUGACGUGUCCGGUGCGCUACCAGCCCCAUUUUGAAGAGGGACACCUGGAUGACUGCGCGGAGGAUCACCGCCUGUUCGCGCUCCCCGGCUCCGCUAGCCUGUGGGCUAACGCUGAAACCGGAGAACCGGCGGGAGCAGCGGCGGCGGCGACAGCAGCUCAGAGCGAUCGGCAGGGGAAGUGGACGGAGCCUGCCUUCCAGGUUCUACUCGACGUCACCCAGUUCCGCCCGGAGGACGUUAUAAUCCAGGUGUUCGAGGGCUGGCUGCUGGUCAAAGCCCAGCACCCGUCCCGGAUGGACGAACACGGAUUUGUGUCGCGGAGCUUCACCCGACAGUACAAGCUUCCGGAGAAGUUAAAGGCAGGGGAUCUGAGAGCCAUGCUGUGUCAUGAUGGGAUACUGGUGGUGGAGUCUAAUGGGCUUGCCCCUGGAGACCAGUGAACACAGCCAAUUAAACUCCUUCGUCAAACACCAGCAAUAAUGAAUACCAGUAAAACGGUUGUGCAUGUGUAGUGGUUGCUGGACUUUUUUUGUCUUUAUUGUGAAUAGUUAUACUAGCCUAAUAACUUUUGUGUAUGGUACAUACAGUAAAUCGAAUUUUAAUUCAA